GUAUGAUUAGUUUACUACUACACCAAUCAUUGAUCAAGUUUUCUCUCUUUUCCCUUUGCUCUUGAACCAAGAAAAUUUCAAACUUGAUUCGGGGGAUACAAUGAAGACUAAUGACAACAAUGGCAACAACAAAAAUAGUGACAACUGGCUGGGUUUCUCUCUUUCUCCUCACUCAUCAGUGGCUGCUCACUCUUCUCCCUCGAAUGAGUCAAAUACCACAUCUUUUUUCACUUUCCCUUCCCAUUUUAACUACCAAAACAUUUACUGUGGUGGAGUUGAGGGUGUAAAUGGUGGUGGGAUUUACUCUACUUUCCCUAUAAUGCCCCUCAAGUCUGAUGGCUCACUUUGCCUAAUGGAUACCAUCACAAGAUCACAAUCACAAGGGAUGGUAGCUUCAACAACACCAAAACUUGAGAACUUUUUUGGUGGUGUAACAAUGGGGACCACUGAUUUAGAUACCGAUGCAAUGUACUACAACCAUGAGAAUGGGACUCAAAACUAUCAGAUUCAACCCCAACACUACCAAGAUUACAAUGGGUUGUAUCAAACAAUACAACUACAAGAAGCCAAGGAGUCCCAGAUUGCUUCAGGUUCUUCUUCUGGUCUCUACCUACCAACUAUCGGAGAAGGUUGGAUUUCAACAGAUUACCAUUCCGGUGGCGGUGGCGGUGGCGGUUUACAGUCACUUAGCUUGUCAAUGAGCCCUGGUUGUUCACAAUCAAGCUCAUGUGUCACUAUAUCACAGCAACAAAUGACUCCAGCUAACGUCACUGAAACUGUCGUUAUGGAAACCAAGAAAAGAGGGUCGGAGAAGGUGGAUCAACAGAAGCAGAUUGUUCACAGAAAAUCUUUAGAUACAUUUGGUCAACGAACAUCACAGUAUAGGGGUGUUACCAGGCAUAGAUGGACGGGUAGAUAUGAAGCUCAUUUAUGGGACAACAGUUGUAGAAAAGAAGGCCAGACGAGGAAGGGAAGACAAGUUUAUCUGGGGGGUUAUGAUAUGGAAGAGAAAGCUGCUAGAGCUUAUGAUCUAGCAGCACUCAAGUAUUGGGGAUCUUCAACUCAUAUUAACUUUCCGGUGGAGAACUAUGAACAAGAGCUUGAAGAAAUGAAGAAUAUGUCUAGACAAGAAUACGUUGCUCACUUGAGAAGGAGAAGCAGCGGUUUCUCUAGGGGAGCUUCAAUUUAUAGAGGAGUAACAAGACACCAUCAACAUGGCAGAUGGCAAGCUCGGAUUGGUCGUGUGGCAGGGAACAAAGAUCUUUACCUAGGCACAUUUAGCACUCAGGAGGAUGCUGCGGAGGCUUAUGAUGUUGCUGCUAUCAAAUUUCGUGGUGUAAAUGCGGUUACAAACUUUGAUGUGUCAAGGUAUAAUGUGGAAAGGAUCAUGGAGAGCAACACCCUUCUAUCCGGGGAACUAGCAAGGCGAACUAAAGCACCAGAGCCCAUGACCGAGGUUGUGGCUAACGAGGCUCAUAAUGGUGAACACAAAACCCUCUCGAAUGAUGUCACUAGUGAUGGUAGCAUGUUGGAAUGGAAAACGGAAGUAUAUGAGCAAAACAGUGGUGGUGCAGUUGAGGGAGAUGAGUCCUCGACUAUCAAGAACCAUGGUGACUCCGGCGAAGAAUGCAUGAAAAGGAACAAGAAUCUUCCGAUGGUUCUUGGGAUGCCGCCGGCAAUGAAUACAUGGAUCCCGACUGUAGCUGCAACAACGACCCAACUGAGGUCUCAUAUGCCGAUUUUUGCUGCAUGGGCAGAUGCAUAG